GAGCUCCCGGUCCACAGAGGGGGCAUCAGUAUCUCAGUACUACCACGGUAAUAAACAACCAACCAACCACCAAACCCAACAUGAAGUUCUUCCAAGCCGCUGCCCUCCUCCUGGCCAUGUUCGCCGCCCUCGCCAAUGCCGAGCCCGCUCCCCAGCCCGGAACCGUGCUCAUCCAGACCGACAACACCCAGUACAUCCGCACCGGCUAGGACUGGAGAAAGACUUUGACUAUGUGCUACCAAUUUGGAUUUUUAAAUAAAAAAUAUGAAAUUUACAA